UCGUGAACGUAUCUUCUAGAAGCUUCAGAAUGGGAGCUUCGAGAAACCACCCCUGAAGUAUAAAAAGACACCAGCAUGUCAUGAGGUCUGCAUAGAGUUAACGAUACUCACUGGAACACACCAGAGAGACUUACUACCUACAGGCGCAGCGAAGCACAUGCUUGGACCUCUACACUAAGAGAAGACAAGCUCAGUGAUUUGAUAUUUGACAACUAUCAACAAAAAGUCACAGGACACAAACUCAAGAUGCCUGAGAGCGCUGGACACGUCAUGGAGGAAGAAGUGGAGACCUUUGCCUUCCAGGCUGAGAUUGCUCAGCUUAUGUCUCUUAUCAUCAACACAUUCUACUCAAACAAAGAGAUCUUCCUUAGAGAGCUCAUUUCCAACUCCUCAGAUGCCUUGGACAAAAUUAGAUACGAAAGCUUGACAGACCCCAGCAGACUUGAAUCCUGCAAGGAGCUGAAGAUUGAAAUCAGGCCUGACCUGCACGCUCGCACACUGACCCUGAUGGACACAGGUAUCGGCAUGACCAAGGCUGAUCUGAUCAACAACCUGGGCACAAUCGCCAAGUCUGGCACCAAGGCUUUCAUGGAGGCUCUGCAGGCUGGAGCCGACAUCUCCAUGAUUGGUCAGUUUGGUGUUGGUUUCUACUCUGCCUACCUGGUGGCUGAGAAGGUGACAGUCAUCACCAAGCACAACGAUGAUGAGCAGUACAUUUGGGAGUCUGCAGCUGGAGGCUCAUUCACAGUCAAACCUGAUACUGGAGAGUCUAUUGGCAGAGGCACAAAAGUCAUCCUUCACCUCAAGGAGGAUCAGACAGAAUACUGUGAGGAGAAGCGUGUUAAAGAAGUUGUGAAGAAGCACUCACAGUUCAUUGGCUACCCGAUUACUCUUUAUGUGGAGAAGACAAGGGAGAAAGAGGUGGACCUUGAAGAGGGAGAAAAGGAGGAGGAAGUUGAGAAAGAGGCUGCUGAGGACAAGGACAAACCCAAGAUUGAGGAUGUUGGUUCUGAUGAGGAUGAGGACUCAAAGGAUGGCAAGAACAAGAGGAAGAAGAAGGUCAAGGAGAAGUAUAUUGAUGCACAGGAGCUGAACAAGACCAAGCCUAUCUGGACCCGCAACCCUGAUGACAUCACCAAUGAAGAAUAUGGAGAAUUCUACAAGAGUCUCACCAAUGACUGGGAGGACCACCUGGCUGUCAAGCAUUUCUCGGUGGAGGGUCAGCUGGAGUUCCGUGCCUUGCUAUUUGUUCCCAGAAGAGCUGCAUUUGACCUCUUUGAAAAUAAGAAAAAGAGAAACAACAUCAAGCUUUAUGUGCGUAGGGUCUUUAUCAUGGACAACUGUGAGGAGCUGAUUCCAGAGUACCUCAAUUUCAUCAAGGGUGUGGUGGACUCAGAGGAUCUGCCCCUGAACAUCUCCAGAGAGAUGCUGCAGCAGAGCAAGAUCCUGAAGGUCAUCCGCAAGAACCUGGUCAAGAAGUGCAUGGAACUUUUCAUUGAGCUUUCUGAGGACAAGGACAACUACAAAAAGUUCUAUGAGCAGUUCUCCAAGAACAUCAAGCUUGGCAUCCACGAGGAUUCACAAAACAGAAAGAAACUGUCUGACAUGCUGCGCUACUACACCUCAGCCUCUGGAGAUGAAAUGAUUUCCAUGAAGGACUAUGUUUCACGCAUGAAGGAAAACCAGAAACACAUCUACUACAUCACAGGUGAGACCAAAGAUCAGGUCGCCAACUCUGCCUUUGUGGAGCGCCUCCGCAAAGCCGGCCUGGAAGUCAUUUACAUGAUCGAGCCCAUUGAUGAGUACUGUGUCCAGCAGCUGAAGGAGUAUGAUGGCAAGAACCUGGUCUCAGUAACCAAAGAAGGUCUGGAGCUGCCAGAGGAUGAGGAUGAGAAGAAGAAACAGGAGGAGCUCAAAAAUAAGUUUGAGAACCUUUGCAAGAUCAUGAAGGACAUCCUUGACAAGAAGAUUGAAAAGGUCACUGUCUCCAACCGCCUGGUCUCUUCCCCAUGCUGCAUUGUUACUAGCACCUAUGGUUGGACGGCCAACAUGGAGAGAAUCAUGAAGUCUCAGGCCCUGAGAGAUAACUCCACCAUGGGCUACAUGACAGCUAAGAAACAUCUUGAAAUCAACCCCAUGCAUCCAAUCGUUGAGACCUUGAGGGAGAAGGCAGAGGCCGACAAGAAUGAUAAGGCUGUUAAGGACCUGGUCAUCCUCCUGUUCGAGACCGCUCUGUUGUCCUCAGGAUUCACACUGGAAGACCCACAGACACACGCCAACCGCAUCUACAGAAUGAUCAAGCUUGGUCUUGGAAUUGAUGAUGACGAUUCCGCUGUUGAAGAGCUCAUUCAGCCUGCUGAUGAAGACAUGCCAGUCCUGGAAGGUGAUGAUGACACAUCAAGAAUGGAGGAAGUUGACUAAAAAGACCCAGUGUACUUUCUUAAUUUUUUUUUUUAAUUGUUGUAAUAUAUAUUGCAUUUUCAAACAGCCAUUUAAUUUUCUUAAACUGUAAUAACAGGACAAUACAGGUUAACUUAAUUCAGACCACAGUGUAGAUUAAUCUACAUUAUUUCAGCUUCACAUAUGACACUACUGACAACAAUUAAGAGUAAUACAAAGUCACUGGGAAUUUGACUUAUGCCUCUUUUUGUAACUGUUACAUUUUAUAUGAAAUAGAUUCUGAUUUGUAAUAAAAUUCAUUCAGAAAUAGA